UUUAGUUAAAUAAUAAACAGUUUAAAUAAAAAAAUGUUAAAACAAAAAAGUUUGGUAGGUGGUAUAGGCUAAAAUCUUUUAAAAAAUUGUUAAAUAUAAAAUAUGUUGAUCAUUUAUUGAUUUAUUAAAAAUAAUAUGAAAUUCUGGCUCUAAUGUGAACUUUGGGCUUGAUUGUGAGACGCUGGUUUGUCAUAGUAAGUGUCAAAAUGGUUACUGUUUACUAUAUUAUCUCAAGUAUUAAUUUAAUGAAAUCUACAGUUAGUGUAGCAGUGGUUUUGUAUGAAUAUUCAGUGUGUUUGGGUUCUGGUGGGGCCCUGGAAAGAAAAAAAGUCAAGGUGGAUAAAAAUUUGACUUUUUUUUUACUUUUAUAUGUAGAUAUAAUGUGUAUUGAAUGCUUAUAAAGCACUAAAACAGUGUAAUGGCCCUCUGCUGGUCAGACGCUGUCACUGCAGUCAGUGGAACAUGCCCUCACAUGUAACUGCAGCUCAUGACUCACCGCAGCCUUUAAAAGCUGCUCGCAGAACAGCAGAGACACUCAGACAUGACAGCGCAGAGCAGGAGACGGGUCAGACAGGACAAGCUUCAGGUCAUGGCGGCGCACAAACGGAUCCUGCGAGCCCUCGGAAACGGGCCGGCGAGGCGAAACCUGUUCGGUCCGGUGGAUCGUGAGCAGCUUCAGGUGGAGUACCACGACGCCCUGAGGAAAGACCUGGAGGACGCGUCGCGCCGCUGGAGCUUCGAUUUCGUCUCGGAGAAGCCGCUGGAGGGCGGAGACUUCCAGUGGGAGGGCGUGUCCGGGGUCCGGGUGCCCGUGCUGUACCGCAGCUGUCAGGACAGCGAGCAUCCGAGGCCGCGCACGAAAGAACCGUCGUCCGACACUCAGAAAGAGAACAUCCCCCGAACCCCGGAGAGAUUUGGUUCGGUGCCGCAGGACAUCGAGAAAACGCCAGAAAAAAGAUCAGAGCUGAAGAGGAAACAGACGAAUAUCACAGACUUCUACCAGGCGAAGAAGAGGCUGGUGGCCACGCCCCGUAAAUCAGGACAAUAACGCACACACACUCAGGAACUCUCGUGUGUCGUGCCUGGACUCAUAUCCUCAGAAGAAAACACGUGUAAAGACACAAUAUCUGACAGCAGAGCUUCUGUUUUUCUACGCCGUCAUCUACCUUCAUCCUUUCAAGAACUCUAAACAAUCAUUUGUAGCAUUUUUUCGGUGUCAUGGAACCAGGCUGUUCCAGAACUGUUCAUUCUUCCAUCAUGUGUUAUUCAGGAAUCUGUCAUUCCUCUUUGAGCACUUCCUGUUUAUAUGUUUGCAUGUCAACGGUUAACAUUUAUGCAAAUUUUAUGUUUAAAAAAUGCGCUAAAAUCCCUUUAAAUUCGAUGUGUGGAGGGGACAAAAAGAUUCUGGAAAGAUUCGAAACGUCCAUAAAUGAAUCUUUCAGAACCAUGAAAUUGCGAGUUUCCUUACGAACAAUAUGACAUAUUAUAAAAUACUGAUUUUAUUUUCAGUGUGCACAUAUUCAAAUGUAUUGCUUUAUUGCACAAAACAUGUAGCUAAUUUUAAAUGUUUGGUGCCAAUUAUUUUUUUAUUUGACACAAAAGUUAUUCUUGUUGUUAUAAACGUAAACCUCAAUUAAGCUGCCAGUAUGUUCUCUCACACGUCUCGUAGCUGAGCUGCGAUUACGUUUUUGCAACGUAAUUUUAUUUACAAACACUUGCCGUCGUUCGUGAAACAUGAGCAGAAUCUCUGCAGUUUUUUCGUACAAUGAUUCGUACAUCAUGUUGCGUUACAUUUAGUGUGAAAAUUAACGUACAAAUGUUUUACGAAGACAUUUGUUCCAGGGUUAUUACUGUUAACUUAAACUGUUAAAAACAUUCUGUUAAUUGAAAUAAAGCUGAAAUAAAAUAAAAUAAAAUAUAAAUAUUAGUUAAAAAACUAUGUUGGCUUGGCAAUAAACUAAAAUACGUUUAAGUACUAAAAAUAUUAACUGGAAAUAAAUAAAAACUAAAGCUAACUAAAACUGAAAUAAAUAAAUAAACUUAAAUACUAAUAUUUAAAAAUAUACUAAUAAUGUGACAAAAAUUACAAAAAAUGAAAAUAAAAGCUAAUUCAAAAUAUUAAUAAAACCAAAAUAACAGCAAUUUGUUCUGCUUGUGUUUCGUGAUGCGGCCGCUGGAACUACAGCAUAUUUACAAACACUCUCAGUUCUCCUGUUGUCAUGGAAAUACAAGUAACCUCGAGCGAUAACGUCUAAAAUAAACUUAAUGAGAGAUGUGAACGCCAAACUUUAUACAUUGAGUAAUUAAGAUAAAAAGCUCUUUUCUAUUCAAGUUUUAAAUUCCAGCAAACGUUCAUUAAAUCUGUUCUAGCUCUUCUUGAAUCCUGCUUGUGGAUUUCUGCGACCUGUCUGUAAAUAUUCUGUUUAUCCGGAUUGUUCGCUGUUGAUUCAGAAUUGCACUUGUUAUUUUGAGUAGUGUAGCUUGCACAGGUCUGUUAUUGUUAAAGAGCUCUGAAUAUAUGCGUAUUUAUUUUAUUGAUAAAUAUUGUAUUGUAGAUUGACAUGUAAUUGUUCUUUUAAUAAAGCUGUUCAUAAAGAGAAA